AUGUUUCAACGUCAUUGUGCACAAAUAAACAAUCAUCAUCGUCCGCACUACGAGGAGCGCAAGGACGAGGGCGAAGCUGGAGGAGGAGGUUUGGUGCACGCUUCACUAAGCGCGCUCAAAAAUAGACCCGAAAGGGUCGAGAAGUGGUCGCUGGAUUUGGCCGAGUCCAUUGACUUGGCCUCUGCAGCGGGUGGAGCGAAGUUCGAGACUCGGCUUACGGCAGCUGGGUUCUUAUUUAAAGUUUUGUUGGCCAGUCAUGUGUACGGAGGCGAAUUGAAGGAGCAGCCAGUGCAAGUGGUAAUGGUAAUGGAAGUCCUGCAGGAAGCGGAAGUCAAACUUUUGGAAAUCAUUCCAGAAGACUAUUGUGAAAGAUUUUGUAAGGGAAGCUGCAAAGACACUAUCAGUGAACAUACCUGCGACAACGAAGAUCUUAAUUAUGUUCUUACUAACGAUUAUCAUUUGAUUCUGAACGACGGAUAUUUAGAAGUUAAAUGGAGCACUCCCGAUCCUAAAAUCACUGACCUCAUUCCAAUCAGCAAAGAAAGAAACGUGAAAUUAAAAGAUUUAAUAGUGUCAGAUACUAACCAUGGAAUACGUGCAGUGGAUUACCUUCGACAACUCGGUGUUGAGCAAGUCACUCGCUUUGAAAAACAACUAAGCUCGUUUGAAGUAUUAGAAAGAAAUGUUCAUUACAAUAAUGGACCGAAAUCUCUAAUAUUAAAUUGUCGACAAUCCGUUAACCUGACUGAACUAAUCGUCUAUAUAAAGCAAACAAAUAAUAAUAUAAAUGAAAUUAUAAUUAAUGCUAAUGACGAAUCUGAAAAUCAAGAUCUAAUUACUGACUACGAUAUUUUUAAAGAAAAAGCCAAUGUGACAUCGUUAUCAUUUACUGGAUUUAAGAUAGAAAACUUGACCACUAAAACAUUUGCUCCGUUGAUUAAUUUACAAAAGCUGGUGCUGUCCAAGUGUACAAUAAAUAAUUUGUCAUUUUUAAGCACUCUUCAAAGUUCUCUUGAGCAUUUGGUACUGGAUAUUCCCGACGAAGUGGAUUUGAAAUACUUUACCCAUUUUCCCAGACUUAAAUUAAUUAAAGUCAGAUAUCAUAUUCCACAUGCGAACUUUACGGGUUUAAUAUGCAAAGAUAAUAUGUGUAAUUUUAUUCGAGGAACUAAUGGCAUUAAAUGCCCUGACAUGUGUGAUUGCCGUUAUAUCUACGAUGAUUUAGAACUGAAUAUAAACUGCAGCAAUAGAGGUCUCUUUGAAAUUCCGCAACUACCCAUUCCCACUAUCGGAGGAGUAAAGCUAAUAUUCUCCAAUAAUACUCUAGCCCACUUACCAAAUAUCGCUUCAGAUGGAUAUAACAUGUUAAAAAAACUUGAUGUUUCCAGGAACACAUUAACUAGCUUGAGAAUCGACCAUCUCCCCGAAAAAUUGGACUAUCUUGAUAUUAGCUUUAACAACAUAAUGGAAAUGAACAGAGAUUUAGUUCAAUAUUUAAAACAUGUUUCCAUUUUUAAACAGACAGGUAAUCAAUGGAUUGUUUAUUGCGAUGAUCAGCCCCUAUUGCAUUUAUUGAAAAACCUAAAAAGAAUAAUAAUUAUGAGAGAAGUUGAAGUUAGGCCUAUAUUUAUUAGGUUGCUUCCCAAUUCACCUGAAGGGUUUUUGAAGUAUUUAGGUCAACACUUUCUUAGGCUUGGCAAAAGAAAGCAAGAAUUCUUUAUAAUUAAUGAAGAUCAAUUGAUACCAAGUAUGACUAAUAAACUAACCGACUUGUAUAAAAUCAUGAACGUUUACAAGUAUAUGGAAUGGUUGCAUAAAAAUUUGCCGUUUGUCAACAAGGAACAUGAGCUUUUUUAUUAUGAUCACAUGCCAGGACCUUGCCCCUAUAAAUGCGAAUGUUGUCAAAACCGCACUACCCAAAAUAUAAAAAUCGACUGCAGGAAUACAUUUUUACAUAACUUUCCAAAUAUGGUUCCUAAACAUUUUUCAAUGAUGCCAACGGAGAAUUUUUCUAACCAACUUGAGCUGCAUUUAUCCAAAAAUAAUAUAUCCCAAGUAACCAUCGAUCUGCUCCCAAAGAAACUAUCGUAUCUGGACCUUCGUAACAACAGUUUUGAGACCCUUGAUGACAAUGUGAUUCGUUACCUAAAGCAAUCCACUGAAAUUAAAUUGUCAGGGAAUCCAUGGAAUUGCCACUGCAAGUCAAGAUCGUUGCUAUCUUUCCUAAGGGAUCACGAGCCCCUUGAAUAUAAUCUCACCCUGAAUCGUUGCAAUAUAUCUCAAAUGGAUUGUCCCGCUGCUUGUGUCUGCUGCUUGGAUAACACAACAUGGUCGUCAUUCAUAGUCGAUUGCAGAGGAGAAGGACUGGUGAAUAUUCCCGAUCUGGCCAACAAGGUGACCUAUGUAGACUUGAGGAACAAUAGUAUUACAGCACUGACACCAAAUAAGCGGAGUUUUUUAGAGAAAAGAUUACAAGUCUCUCCGUUACAGCUACUCAUGCUCGGCAAUCCCUGGUCAUGUUCUUGCGAGGAUAUGGAAAAUCUAAAUUUCAUGAAAAGUAUAUCCUCUAAUAUACCCGAUUUUACUGAAAUAAAUUGCGGCAAUGGGGAGAAACUUGUCUCGAUAGAUCAGGACAUUAUAUGUCCCUCUGGUUUCGCCUAUUUCGUGGCUCUGGCGAUCUCAGUAGCAGCCGUGAUCAUAGCUAUUAACUUCAUGAUUUGCUUCAGACAGCCGCUGCUGGUGUGGUUCUACGAGCACGACGUUUGUUUGAGCCUGGCCGCCAGAAGAGAACUCGAUGAGACGAAGAAGUUCGAUGCCUUUCUGGCCUUCACCCACAAGGACGAGUCGCUGGUGGAGGAGUUCGUGGAGAAGUUGGAAAUGGGCAGACCCAGGUUCCGACUCUGCUUCUACCUGCGCGACUGGUUGGCAGGAGAAUCCAUUCCCGAUUGCAUCGGCAGGUCCGUCAGGGACUCGCGGCGCAUCAUAAUCCUGAUGACGGACAACUUCAUAAAGUCCACCUGGGGACGACUCGAGUUCCGACUCGCCCUGCACGCAACCUCCCAGGAUCGGUGCAAGCGGCUGAUCGUCGUCCUUUAUCCGGAUGUUAAGAACUUCGACAGCCUGGACAGCGAGCUGAGGGCCUACAUGGUAUUCAACACCUAUCUAGAGAGGAGUCAUCCGAACUUCUGGAACAAGCUGAUCUACUCGAUGCCCCACACAAAAGUGUAA